AUGAAAGAGAAAUCCAAAAAUGCUGCCCGGACUAGACGGGAGAAAGAAAACAGUGAAUUUUAUGAACUGGCUAAAUUACUGCCUUUGCCCUCAGCUAUCACUUCUCAGCUGGAUAAAGCCUCAAUAAUCAGACUCACCACCAGCUAUUUAAAAAUGAGGGUGGUUUUUCCUGAAGGACUUGGCGAAGCCUGGGGCCAUACUAGUCGAACCAGCCCUUUGGAUAAUGUUGGACGGGAGCUGGGAUCUCAUCUUUUGCAGACGUUGGAUGGCUUCAUAUUUGUUGUGGCUCCAGACGGCAAGAUCAUGUACAUUUCAGAGACGGCCUCUGUUCAUCUGGGUUUAUCACAGGUAGAGCUGACCGGAAAUAGCAUUUACGAAUACAUCCACCCUGCUGAUCACGAUGAGAUGACCGCGGUACUCACAGCUCACCAGCCCUACCACUCUCACUUCGUGCAGGAGUACGAGAUCGAGCGCUCCUUUUUCCUAAGGAUGAAGUGCGUCUUGGCUAAGAGGAAUGCGGGGCUGACUUGCGGGGGCUACAAGGUCAUUCAUUGCAGCGGCUACCUGAAGAUCCGCCAGUACAGCCUGGACAUGUCCCCCUUCGAUGGCUGCUACCAGAACGUUGGCUUGGUCGCUGUUGGCCACUCGCUACCUCCCAGCGCAGUGACAGAAAUCAAGCUGCACAGCAAUAUGUUCAUGUUCCGGGCCAGCCUGGACAUGAAGCUCAUCUUCUUAGAUUCCAGGGUGGCUGAGCUGACGGGUUACGAGCCGCAGGACCUGAUCGAGAAGACCCUUUACCACCACGUCCAUGGCUGUGACACUUUCCACUUGCGCUGCGCUCACCAUUUGUUGCUCGUGAAAGGGCAGGUGACCACCAAAUACUACCGCUUCCUGGCCAAGCACGGCGGCUGGGUGUGGGUGCAGAGCUAUGCCACCAUCGUGCACAACAGCAGGUCCUCGAGGCCACACUGCAUAGUCAGCGUCAACUACGUCCUCACAGAUACUGAAUAUAAAGGACUACAACUCUCCCUGGAUCAGGUGACAGCAACCAAGCCAUCAUUCUCAUACGCAAAUUCAACUCCAACCAUAACGGACAACAGAAAGGGCAGCAAAUCACGGCUCGCAAGCACAAAGUCAAAAUCAAGGACAUCACCGUAUCCACAGUAUUCUGGAUUUCACACAGAAAGAUCUGAAUCUGACCAUGAGAGCCAAUGGGGUGGAAGUCCACUAACUGAUACUGCCUCUCCACAAUUACUGGAACCUGCUGAAAGGCCAAGCUCUCAACACCAUGAUGUCUCCUGUGCCUAUAGACAGUACUCAGACCGCAGCUCUCUCUGCUAUGGUUUUGCACUUGACCAUUCCAGGUUGACUGAUGAUAGACAUUUCCAUACUCAGGCCUGUGAAGGUGGCAGGUGUGAGGCUGGUAGAUAUUUCCUGGGCACACCGCAGCCUGGAAGGGAUACUUGGUGGGGUUCUCGUUCAGCAUUGCCCCUGACAAAAGCUUCCCCUGAAAGCAGAGAAGCAUAUGAAAACAGCAUGCCCCACAUCACUUCAGUUCACAGGAUACAUGGGAGAGGACACUGGGAUGAGGACAGUGUCGUUAGCUCCCCAGAUCCUGGUUCUGCUAGUGAAUCAGGAGACCGAUACCGUACCGAGCAGUAUCAAAGUAGUCCACAUGAGCCCAGCAAAAUUGAAACUCUAAUAAGAGCUACCCAGCAAAUGAUUAAAGAGGAAGAAAACAGGCUUCAGCUACAGAAAACAACCCCUGAUCAGCUGGUCUCUAUUAAUGGAGCAGGGAAAAAGCACUCCAUUUGUUUUGCAAACUACCAGCCACAGCAGUUGACAGGGGAUGUCUGUCGUGUUCCUACAGUUGCCAACACCUCUCCUUGUGAACACAUCCAGCAACGAGAUGGAAAGCUUAUGAGCCCACAUGAAAAUGAUUAUGACAACAGCCCCACAACACUGUCUAGGAUAAGCAGCCCAAAUUCUGACCGCAUUUCUAAAUCUAGUUUGAUAUUAGCUAAAGACUACCUGCAUUCAGACAUGUCCCCUCAUCAAGCCACAGGGGACCAUCCAGCAGCUUCUCCAAACUAUUACACCUCACAUAGGCAGUACUUUGACAAGCAUGCUUACACAUUAACUGGAUAUGCUCUGGAGCAUCUAUAUGACAGUGAAACCAUUAGAAACUAUUCGUUGGGCUGUAAUGGAUCACACUUUGAUGUGACUUCUCACUUAAGGAUGCAGCAAGAUCCAGCACAGGGACACAAGGGGACAUCCGUUAUAAUAACCAAUGGAAGCUGA